AGAUGAGGCCAAGCUACCAUCCGGCUGAGGGGCAAUUCGAUGCAAACAAAGAGUCAACAAGAGUCUACGCUAAUAAAGAAGUGACAAAUGAUACAAAAACAAUAGUGAGUCAGUUGUGGCAUAAGAAUGGGAAGUGCCCUUUGGGCACUAUUCCUAUAAGGAGAACAAAAGAAGAGGAUGUUUUAAGGGGUGGAAGUUUGGUGAAAAUGUAUGGGAUGAAGAAGCACGGUAGCUUUCCGAUCAAGCUCGAAGAUGACCCCAACGACGGGUCUAGAGGUGCACGUUAUGAGCAUGCAAUAGCAUAUGUUGGGGACGCGAAGAGCGACAAGUAUCAUGGAUCAAAAGUAACUAUUAAUGUUUGGGAACCACAUGUUGAGCCUAACGAGUUUAGCUCGUCGCAGAUGUGGAUAUUGGGUGGCUCGUUAAAUGGACGCCUUGAAAGCAUUGAAGCUGGUUGGCAUGUUCGCCCAGAGCUCUACGGUGAUAACAACCCAAGACUCUUCACUUAUUGGACUAUGGAUACAUACAAAACCACAGGUUGCUAUAACCUUCUCUGUUCUGGGUUCAUUCAGAUAAACAAUGAGAUAGUAGUGGGUGCUAGCAUUUCCCCGUUUUCAACUUAUGAUUACAAACCGCAGUACGAUAUCUCUGUGUUAAUAUGGAAGGUAUGCGCAUUCCAACUCAAGCAAUUUUAUUUCCCAUGCCAUAAUGCCAUCAUCAGGGGCCACUAAUUAAGGCACUAAUUCAUUUCAUAUAGGAUUGACUGAUUU